UCUUGUUCAUUUAGCUUUUAGGUGAUGAUCUUACUCAUUCUUGAACUACAUUGUUCAUUGCGAUCUAACUCUGUCGUCUAAACUACUACAAUGUAUCUAGAUAGAUCUGUCACCGCCGUUAUCAAAGAGAGGUCCCAUCCGACCGGGGACCCGGUUGUUUAUCUUUUGCUCGUCAUUGCUUUGCUUUUCUGGUGCUCGUUUCUGUCCUCGGCCCCACUGGCAACAGCUCUGGAUGGAACCACUCGUCACUAGUUCAUGUCUAUGCCCGUCAUUAGAGCUCUUGCUCGGCCUCACCUUCUUUUCCUCUCCC